GCCCUUACUGCCACACGGAGAUCACAGUGCCCGCGCGGCACCACCAGCGUCCACGAAAAAACGCCCGCCUGCGAUUGAAGAGGACGCUGGACAGUCUUCUACAAGACUUCGAAAGGUCUCCGGAGCGCGUGCACGAUGAGCUUCAGGCCUGGACAGCGCGCAGCCACUACGCACGCAACAUCCUCGCAGGUUACUUCGAGCAGCGUCCUGACAGCCCUCGUGCGGAUCCACCACCAAGCGCACCCACCUUCGACGAGGACUUCAUGACAACACUACUGAGUGGGGGGACGAUCUCCCUGUAA